AUGGCGAUCGAUGAUGCCUCGCCCCAGGCAGGCUCAUACUCGGGAAACAAUGCCUCAACGAACAAACCUUCAGCACCACCAGCAAGCCCUACCAUACCGCCGAACUUCACAGGUCUUAAGAUCAAGCCCGAGCUCAUCGCCCGACCUGAUCUAUUCACACUUUACUUUGGAUUCUUCGGAUCCUCAAGCUGGCAACGCCAAGCCAAACAAAGAAUCAUCGACCGACUGGAGGGCACAUGGGUUCUGACCGGCCGCAACCCGACACAAGAGGAGCUCGACGCAUUCACCUUAUACGCAACGAAAGGCUUGUACAUCGGCAAAAUUGGUAUUCCAGCGUCAACUGCCAUUGGCGCAGCAUAUUUGUAUAGAAAGUCGGGCUCUAUGACACCUGGAAUUGGGUUAGCGGGACGCAUAGAAGCUUACCGACGCAUAUUCCUGAAUCACAAGCCGGAGUUCAUGACCAUGUUGUCUAGGACUGCAUUCAAGAUGUUGUUCAUCGGUACGCUCGGUGGUAUUGUCUCGGGCAUGGCGUCGGCAUAUAUCAAUGUGGGUGGGGUUCUUUCGGAUAAGCGGUUGGACCAGUUUAGAGAGGAUUCAAGGGCUUCGAGUGAAGAGGAUGUUCGCAAGCGCAAAGUGCAGCUUAGGGUAUACAUGGCUAAGAAUGGCACUGGCUUUGAGAACCUUUCUGGAGCUAGUGAGCCUGAUUCCGGUAUGGGUGGUUUUGAUGAAGAUCAGUCUCAACAGCAGUACGACUAUGGCGCAUCUUCCGAGAGCCCGGCAAAAUAUGAGUCGCAGCCCUCUCGGUCUCAGCCAGCCUCUUCUUCUGAUUUCUUUGGUGGUAGCGACGACGCCAGCCCGACUGCUCCUGAAUACCGGUCUACGAACCCUGAUGGCUCACCCAUGAGCUCUUGGGAUCGUAUCAGACAACAAAAUGCGUCAUCGAAACCCCAGCCCCCCAUGCCCCAACCCCCACAGGCAUGGGGUCAACACCCCCAGGCAUGGGGCCAACCACAGAACCAGCCUGGGCUGGGUUCUACUCCCCCUAGUGCCCAUGACCGAUACGAAAACGAUAGAAAUCGCGAGAGAGAGCAGGCUCAAGCGGAAUUCGAUCGGAUGAUGGAGGCGGAGAGGAAUGCCUCUGAUGAGGCCAGCCGACGUGGUUGGGGAUCAUAA